AUGCAGAGAAUAUCUGUUACUUAUCGUUGGGAUCGGGGCUAUACGCUAGUUCGCGUACUGCUACGUAUCCCUAACGCGCAUGAACAGAACACGCUUUCCUGGGCAGCUUGGAAUGGCCUGGAGGAAGUUGUCCAGCUGUUGCUUGACAUGGGGCCAGGAGUAGGGUUCAGCAACUGGGAACACGAUUCUGGUGCAUUAAUCCGGGCGUCCCAGCAGGGCUACGAAAGUAUAAUCCGGCGGUUGGUUCAAGCCGGGGCAGAUGUUAGGGCCAAACGCUACGAUGGCUGCACAGUCCUGCAUCAGGCGGCGUCACAUGGUCACUUGGGGGUGUUGAAGAUGAUGCUGGAAUGGGGUGCGGACAUAGAAGCCGAGACUUAUUGUCGUCGAACUCCUUUAGCAGACGCCGCCACUCAUGGGCAAAUGAAGGUUGUGAUUGUUUUGCUAGAGAUGGGUGCUAAUAUCGAGGGAGCAACGACAGCCAACUCCAGAACCAUGUAUAACACCGAUGUCAAUGCCCAGCAAGCCAGAAGCCCGUUGUGGUGGGCUUCGCAUGAAGGCUACCCAACUGUCGUGGCCCUACUGCUGGAGAGGGGUGCA